AUUUAUGGUGUGAUGGAAACGAGUGUAUUUAGAGCUCACGAAACAGCGAAAUAAAAAAGAAAUACCAUAUUUGAUUUGAAUUACAGGAGAAAAACAGGGCGGUCACUGGAAUAACUAGGUCUCAAGGUCUGGAAGCUGUCCUUUGCCAUUCGGGGUGUAUUUAUGUUCGUUCAAAGCGCUUGUCGGUGCCCGUGUGUGUUUUGGGUCGUGGCCAGGGCUGGACAGAACGUUCCCAGCUUGAGCACUGGGCGACUGCGGGGUCGGGAGCUUCGCUUGGGGCUUGGGAAUCGGCCUCGGGGCUACUGAAGUGGAGCUGCUGCGGUCCGGGUUGGUCUCCUAUGGAGAUUUCACCCAAAAAGGAGCUGCCACAAGGGUUUGGUGACGCAUCCAGGCACCAAAAGAAGACUUCCCAGGACUUCUCUUCGCUGGAAAGCAGCACUUUUGAUGGAAAGCCCCGUCCGUUGGGAGAAAGCGCUUCAUGUAUUAAUUAUGCUCCGCCGCGCCGAUGGAUUUAGUGUCACAAGUUGGGUGUUUUUUGCACUAAAGGCUCCGACAAACGGGAAAUGUGCAGCAGCGCCGUGCGUUGGGUUUUCGCGCUAAACAGGGCGCUGUGUUUGGGGGAAAACCUCCAGUUUUUCCCUCCAGCUGUGGUUGGAGCCGCUGGUGGCAAUAACACAUCUGUAUGGGGGAGAAAGAUGUGAUGGGAAGAGCUGGAGCUUGUAAAAAGGCGUCUUGUAACCAGGUGUUAACGCAAAGGACUCGUCGGAGGAUCCACUGUGGGUUUUGGCGGAGGCUGAAGAGUUCGUGAUGGGAACGUGAGCUGUUAAACCUGCUCGGAGGUAGAAAUGUUCGCAAAUAACCUGCGUGCUGGGCAGAAGCGUCUCCUGUUCACCCCGAGAAGGGAAAAGCAAACCCCGAUCGGCCCGUCAGUCAGCAGGUCUCGGAUCAAAGACACUAUUUGACGCUGAACUUCCUCGCCAAGCUCUUCUGGUGGUUCAUUGGCCGCAUUAUCUGCCGACAAGUUGUCUCAUUUCCCCCUAGGGAUUUUGCCGACUCUGUUUCUGGGCCGCUGGAUCUUGUCCUCCCUUUCACGGAAUUCAGCUGCUUUAGAUGGGAGAUUUUCAUGGGUUUUGCCCCAUUGCUCUUGCAUAAAGAGCCUGGAACAAAACCCGUUUCACGACGGCAUUAUCUCUGCAUUACUGACCAGUACAUCUUCUUUCAGAUUGGCGCGGAGUGGAGAACUCUUGACCCCUCUCUCAACAGCUUCUUCACCGCAGCCCCUUUGAUAUGCAAAGGAGUCGCUAAUCAGUCCUAUAAUCGCUGCGACUGUUUGCCUUUUAAUCAAGAAGCGACUGUGUAGAAAUACCCCUCGUGUAACGCGCUUGUUGCCUCUCUCAGGCCGCGUUUUCCGCUUUCCCCCGGUGCCAACAGGUCGCCGCUCCGUUAAUUUUGCCGUUGGCUUCUCCAAUGUUUUCCUGCCUGCGCCAUCGUGGUUCGCCAGUCCUGACUCCACGGCUCUUCUCAUCGCUCCAUCCCCGCGCACAAACAUCCGCUCCUGCUGGUUAUUUCUCAGCCAGAAGCCUCGCGGAUGUUAAGUAAAGAGAACAGGUUUCCAGGCUGCUUCUCCGGGGGUCCCGUGUGGACGGGAACGAGGCUGGAAAGGUGCGUGGGCAUCGUGACUUCGCUGACCAACGGGCUGUCGGAGAGGGAGACUAACGAUGCCCUCAACGCUCACAUCUGUAAAGGAACCACCCAGCACGAGGAGAUCUGCCUGGGGCUGUUCACUCUGGUCUUGACCGAACCCGCUCAGGCCCAGAAGUGCUACCGGGACCUGGCGCUGGUGAGCCGAGAUGGCAUGAGCAUCGUUCUCAACAAGAUCAACCAUAUUCUCAUGGAGAAGUACUUGAAGCUGCAGGACACUUGUCGGACCCAGCUGGUGUGGCUGCUGCGGGAGCUGGUGAAGAGCGGGGUGCUCGGCGCCGACGGCGUCUGCAUGACCUUCAUGAAGCAGAUCGCGGGUGGGGAUGUGACAGCAAAGAACAUCUGGCUGGCCGAGAGCGUUCUGGAGAUACUGACGGAGCAAAGAGAGUGGGUACUGAAAAGCAGCCUCUUGAUAGCCAUGGCGGUGUACACCUACCUGCGGCUCAUCGUGGACCAUCACGGCACGGCUCAGCUCCAGGCGCUUCGACAAAAGGAGGUGGAUUUCUGCAUCUCCCUCCUCCGGGAACGGUUCAUGGACUGUUUCAUGAUCGGCCGGGACCUCGUGCGGCUGCUGCAGAACGUUGCGAGGAUCCCCGAGUUCGAGCAGCUCUGGAAGGACAUUAUCCACAACCCGCAGGUCCUCAGCACGCAGUUCACAGGUGUCCUGCAGCUCCUCCAGUCGAGGACUUCGCGCAAAUUCCUGGCGUGUCGCCUCACUCCCGACAUGGAAACCAAGCUGCUCUUCAUGACCUCACGGGUGCGGUUCGGGCAGCAGAAGCGGUACCAGGACUGGUUCCAGCGGCAGUACCUGUCCACGCCGGACAGCCAGUCCCUGCGCUGUGACCUCAUCCGCUACAUCUGCGGUGUGGUCCACCCCUCCAACGAGGUGCUCAGCUCCGACAUCCUCCCGCGCUGGGCCAUCAUCGGGUGGCUGCUGACCACCUGCACGUCCAACGUUGCUGCUUCAAAUGCCAAACUGGCCCUAUUUUAUGACUGGCUCUUCUUCAACCCCGAGAAGGACAGCAUCAUGAACAUAGAGCCUGCCAUCCUGGUGAUGCACCACUCCAUGAAGCCUCACCCCGCCAUCACCGCCACGCUGCUGGAUUUCAUGUGCCGGAUCAUUCCCAACUUCUACCCCCCGCUGGAGGCUCACGUCCGGCAAGGCGUGUUCAACUCCCUCACCCACAUCGUGGAGAAGCGAGUCCUCGCACACCUGGCCCCUCUCUUCGACAACCCCAAGCUGGACAAAGAGCUGCGCGCCAUGCUGAGGGAGAAAUUCCCCGAGUUCUGCAGUUCGCCCUCGCCGCCCAUCGAAGUCAAAGUUGAGGAACCCGUUUCCAUGGAGAUGGACAAUCAUAUGUCUGAAAAGGAUGACGGUUGCUACGACAACGCCGAGGCCGCAUUCAGUGACGACGAGGAAGACUUGAGCAGCAAAGGGAAGAAGAGGGAGUUCAGGUUUCACCCGAUCAAAGAGACCAUUGUGGAGGAGCCAGUUGAUAUCACGCCGUUCCUGGACCAACUGGACGAGUCGCUGAAGGACAAAGUCCUGCAGCUGCAGAAGGGAAGCGAUACGGAAGCUCAGUGUGAGGUCAUGCAGGAAAUCGUGGAUCAAGUCCUGGAGGAGGACUUUGACUCGGAGCAGUUAUCGGUGCUCGCAUCCUGUCUCCAGGAGCUAUUUAAGGCUCACUUCCGUGGUGAGGUUUUGCCAGAAGAAAUCACGGAGGAGUCUCUGGAGGAGUCGGUGGGGAAGCCUCUCUACCUAAUAUUUAGGAACCUCUGCCAGAUGCAGGAAGAUAACAGCGGUUUCUCGCUGCUGCUGGAUCUCCUCUCAGAGCUCUACCAGAAGCAACCCAAGAUCGGCUACCACCUCCUGUACUAUUUAAAAGCCAGCAAAGCCGCGGCGGGGAAGAUGAACCUGUACGAGUCCUUCGCCCAGGCCACGCAGCUGGGGGACCUGCACACUUGUCUGAUGAUGGACAUGAAGGCCUGCCAGGAAGACGACGUGCGGCUGCUCUGCUACCUCACCCCCUCCAUUUACACAGAGUUCCCGGAUGAGACCCUGCGAAGCGGCGAGCUGCUGAACAUGAUCGUCGCUGUCAUAGACUCAUUCCAGUUGCAGGAGCUGGUGUGCCACGUCAUGAUGGGGAACCUCGUCAUGUUCCGCAAAGACUCGGUGCUGAACAUCCUGAUUCAAAGCCUGGACUGGGAGACCUUUGAGCAGUACUGCACCUGGCAGCUGUUCCUGGCGCACAACAUCCCCCUGGAGACCAUCAUCCCCAUCCUGCAGCACCUCAAGUACAAAGAUGUGACUCUGUGCUGUGUUGCAGAUCACCCCGAGGCGUUAUCCUGCCUGCUGCUGCAGCUGAGGCGAGAGAAACCCAGCGAGGAGAUGGUGAAGAUGGUGCUGAGCCGGCCCUGCCACCCCGGCGACCAGUUCACCACCAGCAUCCUGCGGCACUGGUGCAUCAAACACGACGACCUCCUGGCCGAGCACAUCAAAUCGCUGCUGAUCAAGAACAACAGCCUCCCCCGAAAACGCCAAAGCCUGCGCAGCUCCAGCAGCAAACUGGCGCAGCUGACGCUGGAGCAGAUCCUGGAGCACCUGGACAACCUGCGCCUCAACCUGACCAACACCAAACAGAACUUUUUCAGCCAAACCCCCAUCCUGCAGGCGCUGCAGCACGUCCAGGCCAGCUGCGACGAAGCCCACAAGAUGAAGUUCAGCGACCUCUUCUCCCUGGCAGAGGAGUAUGAAGACUCCUCCAGCAAACCCCCCAAGAGCCGCCGCAAAGCCACCCUGUCCAGCCCCCGCAGCCGCAAGAACGCGGCGCAGCCCCCCAACCCCGAGGAGGAGUCGGCGUCCAGCAGCGCCUCGGAGGAAGAAGACACCAAACCCAAACCUGCCAAAAGGAAAAGAAAGGGCUCGUCUGCCGUGGGCUCGGACAGUGACUGAGGGCUCUGCCCGCCCCCCCACUCUCGGGGCCCCGCAGUGACACCCCCACGCUGGGACAGAAGCCAGGAGGGAAGGACGUCCCCGCGGGGACACGGUGCUGCCCCCGCCGCUUCCCACAAUGUGACUUUUUAGCAUCUUUUUACCAGCGGCUGGGGAGGGGUUGGAGUGUGCACCCCCCGCUUUGGGGACAGCGUGGACAGGGGACCCCGAGAGGCGAUGUGGCAGGGGCGGGGUUUGGGGGGGUGUUUCUGGUUAUAUAUCACACGUUCUCCUAUUUUCUUAUAAGAAGUUGAAAUAAACAGUGCGAACUGGUUUGCUGCUCCGGGUGCUUUGGAGGGGGGGGACUUGUGGCCCUGCCUGCGGGGGCCAAGGGACCUUGUCCCCCUCCCCUGGCCGUGUCCCCCUGUGUCACGGAGCUCUUUGGGGGGGUCCUGCCCCCGUGAGGAGGGGACACGCCCCCCCGUCCCCCCGAGCUCUCAGCGUUUUUAAGUGGUUUUUUUAAAGAAAUAAAAGCUCUCAGAUGUUUUGUACCAA